AUGGCAGCUUGGCUAAAGAUCAUCACGAUGGCGCUCCGCAUCGCACAGUUGAUCUGUGCAGUCAUCAUGGUCGGUGUCGCCAGUUAUUACAUCAGAGGGCUCGAAUCUGAAGGCCUCGGGCAUAUUAGUCGUUUUAUCUUUACUGAUGUUGUUGCGGUGAUUUCUGCCUUCUUUGCCUUUAUAUGGUUAAUUCCAUUUUCGAGCAAUUAUAUGAACUGGUAUAUCGAUGGCAUCAUGUGUGUACUAUUGGCAGCUGCCUUUGGUUGGCAGAUUUCCUAUACCCAACGCGAAUGUGGAAAAGCUACGCUAUCCGACUUUGAACAGGCUAGCGAAGGUCUCGAUGAAGACGCAUCCACUUGCGCCAAGUGGAGGGCUCUUUACGUAUUUGCCGUUAUUUCUGCGGCUCUCUGGCUGGUUUCUGCCGCUGUUGGAUUCUUCUGGGUUAAGAAGCAUGUCCGCACUGCAAAGCCUACCCGUACCGCAAAGCCCAUGCGAACUGCGAAGCCCAGGACUCGUCGUUAG